AUGUUAGUACAAAAACCUGUGUUAGUAGAGAAUCCUAUGUUAAUACAGAAUCCUGUGUUAGUAGAGAAUCCUGUGUUAAUACAGAAUCCUAUGUUAAUACAGAAUCCUAUGUUAAUACAGAAUCCUGUGUUAGUACAGAAUCCUAUGUUAAUACAGAAUCCUAUGUUCGUACAGAACCCUGUGUUAAUACAGAAUCCCAUGUUUAUACAGAAUCCUGUGUUAAUACAGAAUCCUGUGUUAAUACAGAAUCUUGUGUUAGUACAGAGUCCUAUGUUAGUACAAAAACCUGUGUUAGUAGAGAAUCCUAUGUUAAUACAGAAUCCUGUGUUAGUAGAGAAUCCUGUGUUAAUACAGAAUCCUAUGUUAAUACAGAAUCCUAUGUUAAUACAGAAUCCUAUGUUAAUACAGAAUCCUGUGUUAGUACAGAAUCCUAUGUUAAUACAGAAUCCUAUGUUCGUACAGAACCCUGUGUUAAUACAGAAUCCCAUGUUUAUACAGAAUCCUGUGUUAAUACAGAAUCCUGUGUUAAUACAGAAUCCUGUGUUAAUACAGAAUCUUGUGUUAGUACAGAGUCCUAUGUUAGUACAAAAACCUGUGUUAGUAGAGAAUCCUAUGUUAAUACAGAAUCCUGUGUUAGUAGAGAAUCCUGUGUUAAUACAGAAUCCUAUGUUAAUACAGAAUCCUGUGUUAGUACAGAAUCCUAUGUUAAUACAGAAUCCUGUGUUAGUACAGAAUCCUAUGUUAAUACAGAAUCCUAUGUUAGUACAGAAUCCUGUGUUAGUACAGAAUCCUACGUUAGUACAGAAUCCUGUGUUAAUACAGAAUCCUAUGUUAAUACAGAAUCCUGUGUUAAUACAGAAUCCUAUGUUAAAUCCCAUGUUAAUACAGAAUCCUGUGUUAAUACAGAAUCCUGUGUUAAUACAGAAUCUUGUGUUAGUACAGAGUCCUAUGUUAGUACAAAAACCUGUGUUAAUACAGAAUCCUAUGUUAAUACAGAAUCCUGUGUUAGUAGAGAAUAUCGUGUUUUAA